AUGUACUUUAGUCACGCAUUCUAUUGUUGCAUAAUAAUAAGGAUACUCCCUUCAACAAGACACUCUUCCUCUACCUGUGAAGUGUUGAAGAGAGUUCACAUCAUGUUGAACAUUCUGAAUCUCCCUCGUGGCUCCUAUGAAAUACUGGGAUUUUUUGUAUGUUUUCGAGCAUUGCAGUAUGCUCUGAAAAAUUAUGCGCCCACACCAUCUGGACUGAAAUCGUCACCUCCGAGGAAAACAUGGUUGUAUCAAAAUAUCUCUGUGUCAUUUGUACAUUCCUUUAUUUCAGCUAUCUUAUCAGUCUACUGGUGAGUUCAUAACCCAUUCACUCGAAUUCUUUUACCACUAAAAAUGUCAGAAUGUCAUGCCAACCUUGUUCAAUGGCGAAAUUCAUUGCUCUUCGUUCGUGAUCUUUGCAGCUUUUUUGACGAACCAGUGAUGUUAACAAAAAUGCUCACGGCAUGGAGUAACACAGCCUUUUACCUUGUAACCUUCUGCACCGGUAUGUCUUAUAUGGGUGAGAUAGUUAAGUAAUGAAAUCUGCACACACAAGCUAAGGGUCAAGUCAAAUGUAUCGAGAUUCAACGAUCCUCAACGCCUCUCAAAUUAAAAAAUUGCGUAAUUUACAUGAGAUCAACAUCAUGUACUAAUGUAAGACUUUUAUCUUAGAUCGUAAGCAUUUGCCAACUCUUGUACUAGUUCCUUAGGGAUGAUCGAAUCUAGGUAGCCCCUGUUAUACUGUUAACGUUCUAAUAUACAAAAAACUCCAAAAAUUAAUGUACUCGGCCAAAUGCAACUAGUUAAAACAUAAUGAUGUUUUCCAUUGGAAUUAGAUAGCGACAUAUACGAACCUGAAAGCCAAAGUUUUUUUAUUUUCCACUUUGAAGAUUGUUAAGAAAUGUACACUGAUUAUUGUAUUCAGAAGUAAUCAGAUGAAAAGUGAUUACUCACAUGACAGCUCUUAAUGCCAUAAUAACAUUAGCCCCCUAUCUUUCUUGAGCCCCCAAGGGUAAUUGUCUUGCCUUGUCAGGAUCAAAACAGUAUGAUUUGGUAUCACAUAGAGUGUUUCCAUUUUAUUGUGUUUCUAUAUUUUGUCAAGUCUAAACUUCCCCUCUGAAAAUGUGAUAUCCUAAUUCUUUGGAUGAAUAUUGAUCUGAACCAUACAUACCUCUUAAUCUUUUCUUUUCAUCACAUCUUCCACAUUUGCAAUGUUUGUAGGGACCCCCUUUCCUUGAAGACCCCCCCUUCCCUUCUGCCCACCUAAGAUAUCAAAGUAUCAUAAGAAAUUAAACUGGUAACAAAGAAAUCAAUUCUACAAAGUCUGACCGUGAUCAUUUUAAUUUUCUUGCUUUGCAACUUCAACUUUCAUAAUAAGCAGGUCCUGCCAUUCUGUCUUAAAUUUGGUGUCAAAUUUUUGUACUGGCUCAGUGUGCAAUUUGACUUGCUGACAGGUGAUUUCAUUUAUUUUUUAUGUGACCUCUGAUUUUGAGUUUUGAACUACUUCAAGAAUUUUAGCUGCCUUUGAAUUUAGAAGUCCUGUUAUUCCGCUCAGGUUAAGUGCGAGCAGUCCUGAUAUAAACUUCCCAUCAUCAAUAUGAGCUAAUAGUUCAUUUGACUCUUUCACUCCCAAGAUCUCACUGUAAUUAUCUUUACAGUCUGCCCAUUCUUAAAAUGCUGCUUCAAAGAAUUUUGUAUUGCAUCAAUUAAUAAUCUUCUGGGUCCAGUUGUAUAAAGGCUGGAUAGCACUAUCCAACAGAUAAAUUGCUAUCCAGCAGAUAAGAGUUUAGAAAACUUACUAUGCUAUCGAUGGGACAGAGAUUUAUCCAGUGGUUAGCUUUAUCCAUGCUUCGAACUACUGGGGCCUGAUAGAUAAAUUUCUUUAUUCCCAACACUUAUCUUCUGUAAGGAGAAAUUCUCUCUCAGAAACUCGUGGGAGUUCAAGGAUAAAAAUGUAAUAUACCAUUAAUAGUAUUGCAUAUGAUUAUUCUUGUACUCCAUACUUUUUGUUAGUAACCCUGGAUGGUGACUUACAUGAGAUUCAUCUGUGUUACAGGUUAUUUUAUCCAUGAUUUCUUUGAUAUGCUGAUGUACGAUGCCAGUAAUUCCAUGAGUCUCCUGAUACACCAUGUAUUGGUAAGAUAGAUUUGUGUUUACAUUCAUGUUAAAUUGAGUUUUAAUAGAGUAUUACAAACACAACUGCUGUAAUUACCAUGGCCGGCUGCAGUAUCUGUUUGAUUCUGGAUCUUGAGAAUCACAUGUGGGUUGGGUAUUAAAUAAGUGAGGUGUUCACAUUUUUGGGAGAGAUUUAUUGUAGUGCAUGUAACUUUUCAUUGUUCUUUAAAUUAUAUAAUUAUCUUAAAUAUAACUACUUUUAUUACAGGUAUGUAUGGCCUUUUCAAUAGCAGUUUUCAGCAAAAUGUACAUCGCCUUUGCAGUUUGUUCUCUUUUAAUGGAAGUCAACAGUGUCUUCUUACAUUUAAGACAAUUAUUGAAUUUUCAUGGAGUGAGCAAAACUUGUCUGUUGUACCGAGUAGUACGUAUAGUGGUGUUGAUGACAUUUGUGUGCUUCCGAUUUCUUACCUCUGCAUGGAUGACAAAUUUUGUCAUACAGCAUCGCAAUGACUUGCCAUUUUUACAUUUCUUAUUUUCUGCUACUGGUAUGGCUAUUAUCUCAGGGCUCAAUAUUCAGAUAUUCAUGGCAUUUUGGCGAGCAGAAUUUAGACGUAACCAAAAUAAGCAAAGAGACAAUUAG